AUGGCUUCAGUUGCAACACCUAUACUGGAAAUUACCAAUUACGAAAGUUUUCCACAAGAACGCCAUAUUGAAAGCAUCACAAAUGAUGAGAAUCGGUAUGUGGCUAUACCCAGGACACAUUUACCAACGAUCAACGCAACACUCGACCGGUCUUUCAAGUCCUCGGACGUAGCAUGCAUAGCAUGGGCUCUUGCUGUGCGAUGCUACACGUGCGAUUCGGUGACAUUCGCGUUGGAGGAUUGCCACCUCAAACGCCUCAUUUCUGUGUAUUCCUCCGAAUUUCAGACCGUGAAAAGUGUCCAUGAUGCCAUCCGAGCACAAUUAGCGAAAUCGGACUCUAGUUCCAAAAAUCUUGAUGUUGAAGAAAACUCUAGCCAAUUGUUUAGAAGUCGUCUGAUAGAUCACGGCGAAUUGAAAAAGCGUUCCAUGCUGGAUAGAGAUUCCCUGGAACACGUAUCAGAGUAUGAUAUUACAGUGCAUGUUAGUCAUGUCGCCAAUGAGCUCGAAAUUGUGCUUGCAUACAAACCAUCUGCCGAGGAUUUAGCUAUGAGCACUGCGGAUACAUUGUGUCAAACACUAGAUAUGGUGGUCAACCAUCCCAGCGCUGAUCUUGCAAAGGCGAACUUCCUCGGACCCAAAAACCUACGGAUGAUUUCCGAAUGGACGUCGAAUCCAGCAGAUCCCUCCGUGGCCUGUGCGCAUGAGCUGUUUAGAAGGCGCGCUGAAUUGCAACCAGGAUCAUUGGCAAUCGACUCUUGGGAUUCUCAGAUGACGUAUGGAGAACUUGAUUCUCUGACAACCCGUCUUUCAUUCCUCUUAGUUGAAGCUGGGGUUAAUCCGGAUAUUAUCGUCCCACUCUGCUUUGAGAAAUCCGCGUGGUAUGUCGUUGCGAUGAUUGCCGUUCUAAAGGCAGGCGGCGCUUUUGUACCCCUAGACCCAGCCCAUCCACCAGCUCGACUUCAGGAGAUCGUCAGCCAAGUCAAUCCUCCCGUGAUUCUGACUUCCUCGAAAAAUAACUCACUCUUCACGCACGUUGACGUCAAUAAAAUCAUUAUCAAUGAUGACUUGGCAUCGCGACUUCCCACUCAGCCAUCGGAAGAUGACAGAGUAUCAAAUGUAACUCCCGAGAAUUUGGCCUACGUGAUUUUCACAUCUGGCAGCACUGGCAUGCCGAAAGGCACUAUGAUUGAGCACCAAUCCUUUUGCAGCGGUGCUUUGCGCCAAGGAGAGGCAGCACGGAUGAGUUCAAAUUCACGUAUCUUCCAAUUUGCAUCGUACGCGUUUGAUGUCAGCAUUCUUGAGAUACUCACUGGCUUGAUCUUUGGAGCAUGUAUCUGUGUGCCGGAUGACCAGCUGGAUCGCGCGGAUCUCGCUCGAUCAAUGAAUGAUUUCCGAGCUAAUUGGGCUUUCUUGACUCCGUCAGUUUUGAAAAUAAUAUCACCAGAGCAGCUGCCACUCUUAAAAACUCUUAUUGUCGGUGGUGAACCUAUGUCACAAUCGGAUAUAAGCACAUGGGCGGGCAAGCUCCAGUUGAUGAAUGGAUACGGACCCAGCGAAUGUUCCGUUGCUGCUGCUGCCAACACUGACUUGACACCGCAUUCAAGUCCCCAAAACAUUGGGAAAGCUAUAGGGGGUAAUUGCUGGAUUGUAGACCCCAAUAAUCACGACAUCCUUUUGCCUGUCGGCGCUGUUGGUGAACUCCUCAUCCAAGGUCCAAUAGUCGCUCGUGGGUACUUGAAUGAUCCAGCGAAGACGGCAAGCGUUUUUAUCACAAAUCCGGCUUGGUAUAUGCAUCGCAACAAUCACCUGUGGAACAGGUUCUACAAGACUGGUGAUCUAGUGCGUUACGAUGCAGAUGGUCUGCUUCAUUUCAUUGGCCGCAAAGAUCAUCAGGUCAAGCUCAAUGGUCAGCGCAUGGAACUAGGGGAAGUAGAGCAUCAUCUGUGGACGGAUAGUCACGUUCAAUACGGCAUAGCUUUGGUUCCAAAGUCUGGUGUCUGUAAAUCACGCUUAGUAGGCAUCGUCUCGCUUCAGAGCCAACUGUCUGCUACACCGACACAGGAAAGUCGCGAAUUUCAUCUGCUUAACAACGAACAGGUGACAACGGAACUUGACGACAUUUCCAAGCGCUUGGGUAAUCUUUUACCACCGUACAUGGUUCCAACCAUUUGGAUACCAUUGGAUCAUUUCCCUAUAACCUCAUCGGGAAAGCUUGACAGGAAAGCUGUUACAGAAUAUGUGACACACAUGAGCCUGGAAGCUUUCCAAUCUCUGAUGGGCAGUGUAGACAACAACAGCGACAGUAAGUCUCUUUCUCAAUCAGAGAAAUUUGUGCGCAAAAUAUGGUCAGAUAUUUUAAAAUUGUCUGAAGAUAAGAUCCACCAAAACAGUACGUUUCUGAGUCUGGGUGGUGACUCGAUUACGGCCAUGGCAGCGACAUCAGAGCUCCGGAAAUUUGGCACCAAGGUCACUAUUGCCGACAUUUUGAAACAUAAUCUAACCAAAGUGGCUGAUAUACUGGAAGAAUCAGCCAUUGCAGGAAUCUUUCAGGAUGGUGAUGUUGAUAAGAAGACACAAGAACUUCCAGUUUCGCCUUACCAAAGACUUCUACUCGACCGGUUGUUAGAAGGAGAUACGAACUUGCACCAUGUUACUUGGUUCAAGUUGGAGCAGAAGUCUCGCCUACGUCAAAUCAUCCAUGCCUUCGAUAGCAUUGUAUAUGCACAUCCAGCACUUGGCUCGCAUUUUUACAUGAAGGAUGAUCUCUGGCUACAGAGGUUUGUGAUUCACGAUGAGCUCGAUACUCCCUCUUACCACUUGAAUGUCAGCCACAUCAGUGGAUUGCAUGAGCUACAUGACACGCUUCAUCAUCGCCAGGCUACACUUGAUACUUUUGGACAUCCAAAUUUUCUAGUGGAUGUAUUUAUCGCCCAUGACGCCCAGUAUAUAUCAGUGGUCGCACAUGCGGCAGCAGUAGACUCGCACUCCUUGACUGUCAUCGUCAAUAGCCUGCGAGAUACUUUGAAAAGUCUUCCCGAUGAUCUUGGUGUGCAAACGGAACACGGCUCGAAACUUCGUCAAGAUUUCUUCGAUUCUUGGAACCACUUCCUGACAACCAACACAAGUGGACGAACAGUCUUCUUCGGAGCAAGUAACUCCAAAUCGACUGCGAGUACAUCAGCUGAAGUCUUUCCAUACGUUAGGAAAAGGUUCCAACUUGACGCGAGUCACAGCUGCCUUCUCAAGGGGUCAUGCAAUUUAGCAUUCGAUACCACUGAAGACGAGCUCCUCCUUACGGCGCUGAUUCUUUCAUAUGAGCAAACACUUAAGAGUCACGACCCAUCGAACACACCUGUGAUUCUAGUCGAAGAUGAGAGGAUUACCAGCUUAUCAAACCCAAAUACCAAAACUUAUAUUGGGCAGUUCUCUUCUACUCGACAGCUUAGAGUUCCUGUCGAACGUGACACGCUCAUGACACGUCAAUUCAUCCGAGAAAUAAAAGACAAAAUACGCCUCUCAGGGUCCUUUAGCAGUCAGACAGAGACAUUACACUCCCUGGAUAUCGUUUUCAAGUAUCUGGAUCGAAGUAAAGUUGAGGACUACCCCUUUGGUAGACCUCUAGAAACCGCAGACCUAAACGGAAGAUAUGAUUUUAUUGUCUCAACGCCACUAGAGGUUGCAGUUACAUUUUCAAACAAACAGUUCGAGGUCGUCAUCCUGUCUACAAAGGACCAAGAAUCCAAAUUAUCACUAUUCAGUGAUAAGUACCAGGAGAACCUUCUAAAGAUUAUUGAAAUCACGUCUUCCAACACCCAACGUGAAUUCACUCUGGCAGACCUACCUCUGCUGUCAUUGGAUUAUAAAGCGCUGGACAAGCUUAAUCACGAACAAUUAUCAAAGUUGGAGCUUGAUGUUGACGAUGUGGACGAUAUCUACCCCUGCUCGCCAAUGCAGAACGGUUUACUAAUGAGCCAGGCUCGACAUCGAGGAAGUUAUGACAUUUCCGUUGCUUGGGAGGUUUCUUCCAGUGCAGACAUCGGCUACAUUGACAUAGCUAAAUUAGAAUCUGCAUGGCGAACUGUCAUCAAUAUACAUCCUGCCCUAAGAACCAUAUUCAUCAGCGGAUUCGAUGGAAAAGAGGCAUUUUUGCAAGUCGUUCUGAAGAAACCUCGAAUUCAAACCUCGGUUGUAAGAGAGGUUGAUGCUGACAUUGAAUCCAUACUGAAUCAAAGCGUCGACUUGGAGUCACAGCCACUAACACCACCUCAUCGUUUUGCCAUCUAUGUCACAGAAGGCGGAAAAGUCUUUUGCCGAGUGGAUGCUAGCCACACAAUUAUAGAUGGCGUAUCAAAGUCUCUGAUACUGAAGGACUUGAAGCAGGCCUACGAUGGCGAACUUCUAUCCGGCUCUCCUGGUGUGAAAUAUAGCGACUUCAUACGAUAUAUAAAUACGAAUGACUCCCCCGCUAGCAUCUCAUUUUGGAAGAAGCACCUUUCCGGAAUCGAACCAUGUUACUUUCCUGUCUUGACAUCGGAGACAACUGCUCGUGAGCUUCGAGAUGUUUCGGUGGUGUUAGAGCCUUCAGUUGAGGCCAUCCAUAAUUUCUGCGCCUCGCAUAAUAUUACUGUUUCCAACCUUAUCCAGACAGUUUGGGCUCUUGUUCUUCGAUGCUUUGUUGGCCGCGAUGACGUGUGUUUCGGCUAUCUCGCAUCGGGCAGAGAUGCACCAGUUGACGGAAUUGUCGACAUGGUUGGGCCUACGAUCAGUGUUUUAAUUUGCAGAGCGGCUCUAGAUGAUUCAAGUACCAUCAAGGAUGCCCUAAGAACGUGUCAGAUGGAGCUUCUCGACUCUCUUUCACAUCAACACUGCUCACUUGCCGAGAUACAGCAUGCUCUCGAGCUUUCUGGUAUGGCCCUGUUUAAUACUGGAAUUUCCUUCCAGGCUAUCUCGGCGAUGGACAAAAGUAUCGAGACAGGUUCAAUCAACUUUCAAGAUAUUGUCGUGAGGGAGCCGACGGAGUAUAAUAUCGCCUUACACGUCACGGAUUCACCCAACAGCUUGGACAUCAAAUUCGCAUACUGGACAGACUGCCUCUCUCAGUCUCAAGCACAAUCAAUAUCGGGUACUUUCUCUUCCAUCUUGAGUAGCAUCAUAAGUGGACUAGACUCCAGGGUCGACCAGCUCAAUUAUGUGGGCGCACACGAUUUAUCACAAAUUGCUGCUUGGAAUGAAGAAGAAGUCGAGCACUCGAAUGUGACCAUUCCUGAUAUGAUAUAUCAGCAAAUUUCGAAGGCACCAAAUGAUGUUGCAAUACAAUCUACAAGCGUUACUCUAACGUACGAGAUGCUUGGUAAGAUGGCUUCAGAUUUGUCCAAACAACUGGUCCAAGCUGGCAUUGGCGCCGGCCAUUUUGUACCUCUAGCAUUCGAGAAAUCAGUGUGGGCUAUUGUAUCGAUGGUUGCUGUUCUGGCCACCGGGGCUGCAUUCGUCCCUAUUGAUCCUGCAACGCCAAUCGAACGAUUUCGUGAAGUUAUCGACCAAACUGGUGCCAAGUUUCUUCUUACAUCCUCAAAGUAUGCUCAUAAGCUGAAGGAAUUGGGACAGACCACCAUUAUCGUGAAUGAAAUUACUUUGAAAGCUGGAGAUAAAAUCACAAUUUCGCAAGAAGAGCUGGAUCGUGUGCGUCCGAGCCCUCACGACGACGCGUACGUUAUCUUCACUUCGGGUAGUACAGGAAAACCCAAAGGAUGUGUCGUACAACAUUCCGCCUUCUGUUCUGGCGCGCUGGUUCAAGGCAGGCUUGCCUCACUCAGCCCUGCGUCCCGCGUACUUCAAUUUGCUUCCUACAGCUUUGAUGUCAGUCUCCUAGAAAUUAUGACAUCUUUGAUGUUCGGAGCAUGCAUUUGUGUGCCAGAUGAGAAUUUGAGCAAGGAUAUCAAGCGCUGCAUUAACCAAUUUUCGAUAAAUUGGACUUUCUUGACGCCUUCCGUGCUUAAACUUCUCGAUCCAGCAGACGUUCCAUCUCUGAAGACCUUGAUCCUUGGUGGAGAGCCAUUAUCUAAAGGCGACAUUCUGAAAUGGGCCGACAAGGUGCAGUUAUAUAACGGAUAUGGGCCCAGUGAAUGCUCCGUGGCUGCCGCAGCAAAUCCGAAAUUGGAUCCCAACACUGAUCCUGCCAAUAUUGGACGAGCCAUAGGUGGCGUUCUAUGGGUUGUUGAUUCCAAGCAGCCGUCUAAGCUCCUGCCUAUUGGAGCUGUUGGCGAGUUAUUAAUUUCGGGUCCUAUCCUAGCCAGAGGAUAUUUGAAUGCGCCUGACAAGACAGCGGCAGCUUUCGUUGAGCAGCCAAGUUUCAUCUCCUCUUCAGCCGGAAAGGAACGGUUCUAUCGAAGUGGUGAUCUUGUACGCUAUAACACGGAUGGUACAAUCCAUUUCAUUGGGCGAUCCGAUGGCCAGGUGAAGAUCAGAGGUCAGCGUGUCGAGCUGGGAGAAAUCGAGUACAACAUCGAACGAGAUGAAAAUAUUCAGCAUGCUCUCACGCUACUGCCUUCCCGAGGCCCCUUCAGAAAGCAGCUACUGGCUGUCGUUUCAUUCAAGGAUCUUCGGUACUCAACAUCAAGUACUAACGACAUAUGUCUCAUACCGGAGGAGCACAGACUAGAGGCAAUGGAAGUGACCACAAGGAUUUCGGACACGAUAUCCUCUGUUCUCCCCAUAUACAUGGUCCCCGCCUUGUGGGUAGCGGUCAACAGAAUGCCAAUGUUACCGUCCGGAAAAUUGGAUCGCAAAAAAGUCAGAGCAUGGAUCGAGAGCCUGGACGACUCAACCUACGAGCAAAUCGCCAAUAUGGGCUCUCAAGCUGUAGGCAGGAGCCCAAGUACGCCUAUGGAGAACCUUCUUAGAGCAAUUUGGGCCAACGUUCUCAAUCGACCAGAAGAGCAAAUCAGUAUGGAGAGAUCGUUCCAGAGCUUAGGUGGCGAUUCUAUUUCCGCAAUGCAGGUCAUGUCCAAGUGUCGCAAUGCCAAGGUAUCCUUGAGCGUCAAAGAUAUACUUCAAUGUCCUACAAUUGAGCAGCUCGCCCUGCGAGCACAACCCUUGGAUAAGGAUGUGGAUUCUACUGAAGAACUCGGCAUGACUCCAUUCAAUCUGUCCCCUCAGCAGACUUGGGAAUUUGGUCUAAAGGCUACCUGUGAUCUCAAUCGAUACAACACAACGUUUCUCUUAUCCGUUCACAGUGACCUUGAUAUCUUACCAUAUCUCGAUGCCACAGUAGAACGCCAUCCCAUGCUACGAGCUCGUUUCACCCGCGAUGAUACAGGUCACUGGGUCCAGUACAUUCCACUGGAUCGUUCCAACAGCUAUCUAUAUCAGACUCUGGAGGUCCCUGACAUGGAAUCCAUUAAGCCAUUUAUCGCUCCGAAUCAACCUGGAUUCGAUUUGCAGCAAGGUCCUCUGUUCCGUGCAAUAACUUUCCAACUUCCAGAUAAGAAGCGUUUCGUAGCUUUGACCGUUCACCACAUGGUCAUUGAUACAGUGUCAUGGAGGAUACUCUUGCAAUCCCUGGAGCAGGGCCUUGCAGGCGAAGAUAUUUCAUCUGGGCCGUCCGACUCGUUUGCUCUCUGGUGUCGACUGUUGAAGGAACGCGCAGAGAAGGAGUGGACGCCCGAGACCGUUUUGCCAUUCCAAGUCCCAACACCAAUGUACGACUAUUGGGGAAUGGCCGAAUCAAAAAAUUUGUUUGAAACGGAGGUCAUCGAAGAAUUUACACUUGACUCGAAGGUUACAGCCUUGUUGAUGGGUAAAUGCAAUGAGCAAUUCAGGACCAAGCCACUGGACAUAUUUCUGGCUGCACUUUCCUACGCGUUCAGCUCAACUUUCUCUGAUCGCCCCUUACCAGCUUUCUUUGUGUACAGCCACGGGCGUGAUGAGUUUGGGGGCAACCUAGACAUCUCUAACACAAUUGGAUGGUUCACCGCAUCAACUCCUGUUGUCGUUUCGCCGUCGAACAACAUAGUUGAGAGUCUCCAAGCUGUGCGAGACGUACGCGCCAGUGUCCCCGGUAACGGCGUCCCAUAUUGGGCAAGUCGCUGGCUUUCCGAGGCGGGAAAUGCGGCCUUUGCACACCACAGUCCGUUUGAAUUCUCGAUGAACUAUUUGGGACAGUACCAACAGCUAGAACGAGACGACUCACUUUUGCGCUAUGUCGAUCUGGAAAAGCCCAAGGCUCAAGGCUCUGGCUCGCGGCUGAUUCGCACUGCUCUGGUAGAGACACAGGCCAUCGUCAUUGCAGACUCACUUCAGGUAAAAUUUGUUUACAACAGUUUGAUGGAACGCCAGGCUCAAUUACGAGAAUGGCAAGAAAAUGUGAAGAAGGGAUUGUUGGAAAUUGCGCAACGCCUCGGCGAGAGCAAGUAG